UUAGCCCCGCGGCGGCGGCCCGGUUGCUGCUGCUACUGCUGCUGCGCUGCCUGCUUGCCGCGAGCUGGGUUGGGGUUACUGUAGUUCAAACGCAUCUGAGAUCAGCAGGCGUUGUGGGAGGAGGUGCGGAGAGAGAGGAAGGGGCCUGUGCAGUGAGCAGGCAUCAAAGAUUAAUGGAUGGCCUUGCGUCGCAGUCUGCAGUAAACAGGAAACUAGUCUGAAAGGGAAGGAGAGGACUGUGUGUCUUUUUGUUUUUUAAAAUACGGAGUGUGCAGUUUUACUGAAUCUUGAAUCAUGCCCAAAAGAAUGAGCUGUCGGUGCUGCAGUCGUGACCCAGGCUGAGCGGCCGAUGGCAGAGGUCUUCUCCAAGAAAAAAAAAAAGAAAAAAAAAAAACCAACAUGGCUGCAAAGGAGAAACUGGAGGCAGUGUUAAAUGUGGCCCUGAGGGUGCCAAGCAUCAUGCUGUUGGAUGUCCUGUACAGAUGGGAUGUCAGCUCCUUUUUCCAGCAGAUCCAAAGAAGUAGCCUUAGUAAUAACCCUCUUUUCCAGUAUAAGUAUUUGGCUCUUAAUAUGCAUUAUGUAGGUUAUAUCUUAAGUGUGGUGCUGCUAACAUUGCCCAGGCAGCAUCUGGUUCAGCUUUAUCUAUAUUUUUUGACUGCUCUGCUCCUCUAUGCUGGACAUCAAAUUUCCAGGGACUAUGUUCGGAGUGAACUGGAGUUUGCCUAUGAGGGACCAAUGUAUUUAGAACCUCUCUCUAUGAAUCGGUUUACCACAGCCUUAAUAGGUCAGUUGGUGGUGUGUACUUUAUGCUCCUGUGUCAUGAAGACAAAGCAGAUUUGGCUGUUUUCAGCUCACAUGCUUCCUCUGCUAGCACGACUCUGCCUUGUUCCUUUGGAGACAAUUGUUAUCAUCAAUAAAUUUGCUAUGAUUUUUACUGGAUUGGAAGUUCUCUAUUUUCUUGGGUCUAAUCUUUUGGUACCUUAUAACCUUGCUAAAUCUGCAUACAGAGAAUUGGUUCAGGUAGUGGAGGUAUAUGGCCUUCUCGCCUUGGGAAUGUCCCUGUGGAAUCAACUGGUAGUCCCUGUUCUUUUCAUGGUUUUCUGGCUCGUCUUAUUUGCUCUUCAGAUUUACUCCUAUUUCAGUACUCGAGAUCAGCCUGCAUCACGUGAGAGGCUUCUUUUCCUUUUUCUGACAAGUAUUGCGGAAUGCUGCAGCACUCCUUACUCUCUUUUGGGUUUGGUCUUCACGGUUUCUUUUGUUGCCUUGGGUGUUCUCACACUCUGCAAGUUUUACUUGCAGGGUUAUCGAGCUUUCAUGAAUGAUCCUGCCAUGAAUCGGGGCAUGACAGAAGGAGUAACGCUGUUAAUCCUGGCAGUGCAGACUGGGCUGAUAGAACUGCAGGUUGUUCAUCGGGCAUUCUUGCUCAGUAUUAUCCUUUUCAUUGUCGUAGCUUCUAUCCUACAGUCUAUGUUAGAAAUUGCAGAUCCUAUUGUUUUGGCACUGGGAGCAUCUAGAGACAAGAGCUUGUGGAAACACUUCCGUGCUGUAAGCCUUUGUUUAUUUUUAUUGGUAUUCCCUGCUUAUAUGGCUUAUAUGAUUUGCCAGUUUUUCCACAUGGAUUUUUGGCUUCUUAUCAUUAUUUCCAGCAGCAUUCUUACCUCUCUUCAGGUUCUGGGAACACUUUUUAUUUAUGUCUUAUUUAUGGUUGAGGAAUUCAGAAAAGAGCCAGUGGAAAACAUGGAUGAUGUCAUCUACUAUGUGAAUGGCACUUACCGCCUUCUGGAGUUUCUUGUGGCCCUCUGUGUGGUGGCCUAUGGCGUCUCAGAGACCAUCUUUGGAGAAUGGACAGUGAUGGGCUCAAUGAUCAUCUUCAUUCAUUCCUACUAUAACGUGUGGCUUCGGGCCCAGCUGGGGUGGAAGAGCUUUCUUCUCCGCAGGGAUGCUGUGAAUAAGAUUAAAUCGUUACCCAUUGCUACGAAAGAGCAGCUUGAGAAACACAAUGAUAUUUGUGCCAUCUGUUAUCAGGACAUGAAAUCUGCUGUGAUCACGCCUUGCAGUCAUUUUUUCCAUGCAGGCUGUCUUAAGAAAUGGCUGUAUGUCCAGGAGACCUGCCCUCUGUGCCACUGCCACCUGAAAAACUCCUCCCAGCUUCCAGGAUUAGGAACUGAGCCAGUUCUACAGCCUCAUGCUGGAGCUGAGCAAAACGUCAUGUUUCAGGAAGGUACUGAACCCCCAGGCCAGGAGCAUACUCCAGGGACCAGGAUACAGGAAGGUUCCAGGGACAAUAAUGAGUACAUUGCCAGACGAUCAGAUAACCAGGAAGGGGCUUUUGACCCCAAAGAAUAUCCUCACAGUGCAAAAGAUGAAGCACAUCCUGUUGAAUCAGCCUAGAGGAGAAGCAGCAGGAAUGAUGCUUUGAUACUCUGGAGGAGAAGUUAACUCAAGAUGGAAUUCAUGUUCUGAUUUGAGGAAUGAAAAUGAGAUGAUCAGGCAGGAAACUGACAUUCCAAGGAUCUAAUCCAGGAAGUACUCUCAGUGGGGACCACCUGCUUUCAUCCCCUGACAUUGUGGGAGAAAUUUUGCAAUGUAUGCUAAUCAAAAUGUAUAUGUUCUAUGCUGAUGUUUUAUAGAGGUUUGUGAAGAAAAUUCAACCUCAACCACUUCAGAAACUGCCCCUGAUAUGUGUGAGAGAGAAGUAAAAUCAGAUUUUGAGUGUUGAAGGGACUGAGGAAGUGAGGAUAAAGAGCAUGAGGACAGCAUGGAAAGAAGGAGGCAGAAGUGGAACUGAACUUUCACUCUCCAUGGGACAGAUCAAUCUCAUUAUCAAGUCUGAAUAGCAACCAGCCCUCUCCUCCACCCGUUUCUCCUCAGUUAAUUGGAGCUCAGUCAGGUGAUUAUUGAGUCUUGUACAGCACUGAAAUGAAAUCAAAGAUGAAGAAGCAUUGAUUGUAUUCAAAGAUUGAAGCACGCUCAUACUUUGUAUGUGCUUUAGGGAAGGGGUGGGUGGGCACUUGGGCCUUGCGGGUGCAUUCAUGUAAUCUGAGACUCUUGAACUUUAUGACGGAGUCUUCAAUAUUUUGAUGUAUAUGAAACUUUUGUUAAAUAUGUUGUAUACUUCGCUGGCUGUGUGAAGUAAACUAAAACUCUGAUGAACACUUUGGAGUCCGCUUUAGUGAAGGAGACCAAAGUGGGAAGGGCUUUAGGGCACUGAUAGAGGCCCUGGGUGUACUUUUCAAUCCUGUGUAAUGUUUAAUUCUUGCAACUGAAUCAAAACAGUGUUAAAUUAUGGCAAUAUUUGCACUUUGGGAAUGAGUACAUAACUGUAUGAUCACACUCUGCAAAUGCCACUUUUAAAGCUGUUAAUAGACUUUGCACCUUUUCUUUGACAAGGAUGUGUCAUAUUUAAAUUUUUACAUUCAUCAUGGCUACAGGUAGAACUGGGGAGGGGGGAAUGUAAUUUUUUAUGGGAAUUUUGAUAUGAAAAGAAACUAGUCAUUUAUUUAUACAAUAGGCUUGGCUCAAAAAGUGUUUUUCAGACCUCGGUAUUCCUAAUGUGGGAUGUGACUUUAUUUUAUUUUUAGUAGCAAAUUUGGAUGUAGACUGACAGACAUAGCUGAAUGUCUUAAUAAAUUUAAAUUUGAAGAUAA